UUAUCAUAUGGUGUCGCACAUGAAGGAUUUUAACGUCUCUUCGGAACCUGGCGGCAUGUCUACAUACGUUAGAAGUACUGGCACUCAUCUGUCAACGUUGACAAGGAUCUUGGGCGUGUGUACUGCGAUUGAUUUAUGAAGAAAUUUAUACGAAGAUCCGGAUUGUGUCAAUAUCUUUAUUUGGUACCGUACACAAGCUCGUAAAAGUGUUCGCUGAACCGCAGCAGUUUCAGUAAUGGCACGCUACGUAAAGUUUAUGUGACUGUAGGAUAUAAAUAUAUUAUAAACAAAGUCAGUUUUAUAUAUAUAUGUAUAUACGUAUAGAAUUAAUGAAAUUUUAAUAUCAUUUUCCAAGAGAAUGUUUAAUAUACGACCCAUAGUUCCUCGAAACAAAUGUCGAAAAAAUUUGUAUAUGAAAAUGUAUUAUUAAAAUAGAUAUUAACAGAAGUAAAAUAGAUAUUAAUACAAUUAAAUAUAUAUUGAUAUCACUUAUCUUCAUUGACUAUGAAAUCAUAUUUGUUUAUUUACUCAUGUGUUACGAUUUAAAAUUCCCGCGAAAAAAUACGCGGCAAAAUAUAAUAGAUAAUGUAUACGUAUACAAAAAUGUACAACUAGGAUUAAAUUUGAAGAACAGCAAUAUAUAACAAUUAAAAUAUUUGUAAAACAAAUUGCAAUUAUGGAUUCUGAAUUUCCCGAUCCUGAUGAAGAAUUUGAUUUAGUUCACGAAGAUGAAUAUGAAGUUUUAAAAGAAAUUGAAGAGCUUGAAAAAAAAAAAGGAGAACAGCCUCAAGAAGUUCAGAAUUUGCAGGAGAAGCGGAGAGAAGAUGAAUUGAAUACUGUUAUAUCAAAUCUAUAUAAGGAAUUAAAUACUCCUACAUCUAGUAAAAACAAUGAAUUAUGUAUUCCUGGUAGUAGUAAAGUUAUUGAAAGCAAUGACAAUUUUGGUACAGAUAUUACAAAAAAGAGAAAUUAUAAUGAACUUUUUGGCGAUAUCUCUGAUAUAUUAGAUGUAAAUGAUUUCGCUAAUAUUCAGGAACCAAAAGAAAAGAAACCACGAUGGAAUGAACCUCAAGAAAUUAUUAAAGUGGUAACAGAUGCUAAGGUUAAGUUUAAUGAAUGUGACAGUGGAGUUUCUUUUAACAGAAAAGAUGUUGAAAACAAGAGAGAGUCAAUAUCAUUGAGAGUUCCCCGUUGGAAUUUUAUUGCUCUGACUAGGCCACAUGAUGCACAACGUAUUUAUAUAAGAGUAAAAAAUAAUGAGCAAAAUAAAAUUAAAAAAAGUGCGGAUUCGAUUUCUAACUUAUUGUCAGUACCAUAUAGUCAACUUAAAACUGCAGCUGAAGAAAUUAUAUUACAGAAUGUUAAGCGUGCCAGUUGUGAAAUUCCCUACCUUGCUGCUACAAAAUCUGCUAAAGAUGAUGAACUAUGGGUUGAUAAAUAUAGACCUAGAUCUUACAUGGAAUUACUUUCAGAUGAAAGUGUAAACAGACACUUAUUACAUUGGAUAAAACUCUGGGAUAAAAUAGUAUUUAAUCGAAAUUAUGUUAAUAACAAGAAGAAAAAAGUAAAUUCUACAUUUAAAAAUAGAAAAUUUAUGGAUGAAAAAGCUUUUCAGGAAGUAGAUAGUAAAGGUUUCCCAAUUCAGAGAAUUGUGCUACUUAGCGGACCACCUGGAUUAGGAAAAACUACGUUAGCCCAUUUAGCAGCCAAACAUGCUGGCUAUAAUGUAGUAGAAAUUAAUGCAAGUGAUGAAAGAAGUCCAGAUGCAUUUAGACAAGUCCUUCUUGCAUCAACACAAAUGAAAGCAGUAAUGGGAAACGAUCCAAAGCCAAAUUGUUUAGUUUUAGAUGAAAUUGAUGGUGCACCAGCUGCAUCAAUCGAUCUUCUUCUUAAGUUCGUACAAGGUAAAUUAGUUUCAAAAGGAAAGAAAGAUAAGACUAAAACUGCUAAACAAUCAAAUUCUUGUCACCGUCCUGUAAUAUGUAUCUGUAAUGAACCAUAUACCCCUUCCUUAAGAGCUCUUAGAGCAGUUGCCCUCAUUAUACCAGUACCAGAAGUAAGUGCUACAAAAGUAGCAGACAGGUUAAUGGAAAUAUCACAAAAAGAAAAUUUAAAAGUAAAUCCUGAUGCACUUUUAGGAUUAGUAAAAGUAUCUGGUUGCGAUAUUAGAUCAUGUCUAGGAGCAUUACAAUAUAUGGGUGGUAUUAGUUUAGGCGACAAUUUAUCUUUUGCAUUAAAAGAUAGUAGAAAAGGAUUGUUCGACUCGUGGAAACAAAUAUUAAAAAUACCCAUGAAUAGAAGCGGUAUACUGCCUCUUUCAGAAAGAGUUCAACUUGUACUAAAAACUGUGCAAAAUGGAGAAACAGAAAAAUUAGCUCAAGGCGUAUUCCAUAAUUAUCCAGAAACUUGUAAUGAUAAUUUUAGUUAUAUAGCAUUAUGUUUACAAUGGUUUCAACUUUUUGAUGAAAUUUUAUCACUUAUUGCAAAUCUUCAAACUUGGUCUGUUAUGCCUUAUAUAAAUUAUACAUUCGUUGCCUGGCAUUUAUACUUUGCAACCGCAGGAAAUGUUAAAUUAUCCUAUCCUUCCAUUGCAUAUGAAAUGAGUCAGAAACAUGCAAGGAACGUUGGUAUUCUAACUGCUGUUCAACGAAGUAGUGGUCGUAACAGUGUAAUUUUAACAAUCGACAUUGCUCCUUUUCUUCCGGAUUUAUUAUCUCCGCAAUUACGAACAGUUUCUGGACAUCUACACUCAGACAAAGAGAAGGAUGAUCUUAAUCGAUUAGUGAAUAUUUUAAUUGACAUUGGCCUCACAUUCAUUCAAGAAAAGAAUCUUGAUGAAAGUUAUGACUACAAACUAGAUCCUAAUAUAUUUGAAAUAGGCAUUUUUCCGGAUUGUAAGUAUCAUCGAACACUCACAUAUACAGUGAAACAAAUAAUUGUUCAAGAGUUAGAAGCUGAACGAUUACGACGAGCUGAAAAUGCAAUAAAAAAUACAAGAUCUAUUCAAAGUAAAAAUGAAGGAAUUACAAAUCAUAAUGUUAUAACCAAUUCAACAUCAAAUCCUGUCGCCAAGAUAUGCAAUAAUGCAGCUAGCAAAACUAAUGUUAUAGAACAAUCUAAAAAUCUUCAAACAAAAACAACAGAAACAAAAUAUAAGGAUUUCUUUGGAAGAAUUAUUACAAUCGAUCAAGAUAAACACAACAAAUUGGAUAAAGAAUCAAUGAAUUCGUUAAAUCGUUUAACAAGGAAUGGUGUAUGGUAUAAAUACAAAGAAGGUUUUAGCAAUGCAGUUCGCCGAAAAGUUAAAAUGAGGAAUCUUCUUUAAAUUAUUAAAUUUAAUUUUUUGUUAUUUUUAUUAUUAUCAUCAUUAUUCUAUGUUAUAAAAUGUGUGCUUUUAUUUGAUUUCAGAGCUUAAUAUGUAUUUUUCCAACCUCCUCAUAUAUGUGAAAGCAUUGCUUGUUAUAACAAAUAUACCGUAGACUACUAAAAAACUUCAACUAUAUUUUUGGACCUAACAGAUUCCACUUUUAGCUCCUUUAUAUUAAAAUAUUUCCUCUUAGAGAUACAGCGAUAUAAAAAUAAAAAAAUAAGCAAGAAUGUAUUUAUCAUUUACUUUUCUUGACUCUUCACAUAUAUUUUAAAAAGUGUACAUACGUGACCCCGAUUUUUAAUUCGAAAAUAUUCUAAUUUGUAUAUUUUAGUCCAUUGUCAAUUAACUUCUAACUAACUUUGGUUGUUGAUUAUUAUAAUGAACACCUUGUGUAAAAUUCUAAUCCUAUAUAACUUUGACUUAGAAAUUAUUGAUUUCAUCUAAACAAACAGAUACGAAUGAUUUAGUUAACUCAUUCUUCAAUACUUAGAUUCAAUACUUAGAUUAGUAUGGUCCUCGAAAAACGGAACGCUGGGUGCGCUUUUACGUCCGUACACGCGAAAAUCCAUCACUGCAGCGUUGACGAAGAACCUCUCAAACAAACGCCCCAAUUUGAGAUAGACAUUUUUGAACAGUGUAUCGAUGAAGUAUUCUUUAUGUGAUGUAUUCUUUAUGUGAAAUUUAUGAUAUUUCAUUGAUAUAUCCGGUACAUCGUUGUUGCAACACUUUUUGAUCGGUGAACAAUUUAUGAAUAAAACGUCUUGUCACGAUUGAUGUUGCUUUUGUGAUAUCUAUGCUACGUGCUUCUCGUUUAACCCAACCGAAAUUGUAGUAUCAAAUCGAUUUUUCAUCCGACUUUAUUUCAUAUUCUGUACAAGUUUUCUUCAAACCCAAAUAGUUUCAUUAAAGUUUAUUUCUUGUGUUUGAUGGAAAGAAGAAACCAGAUAUUACUUAUUUCAACUUUCAGUAGAUUAUUUGUGUUUUCUUUUUGUUCCUGUAGCGGCACGCUAAUAAAUUCAAAUCUUAUUGUUGUUUUCCCUCGGAGCAUCAAUAUCGUAGGACACACACAUAUUGUAUUAAUAACCAAACUCAGAGCAAAAUAAUGUCGUCGUUACUUUCAACCGACAAAUGCAGUCGAGUUCAAACUUUCCGACUGUCCCCCGACCAAUAUAAAUAAACGAGCGAAUUGACGAGCGGGAGAGUUCAGUAAUAUCGACGCAUCAAAGUAUAUACGAAGUUUCUCGACACACGCGCGUAUUUAUUCCGAUUAAUUAUAUACCAGGACUUGUGCUUUGUAUCAAGGCAUUACUUUAAUAAAGUGCUCACAACUUAGACUAUAAUAGGGAUAUUUGAACUACCUCAUCCUCUACAUUGGUGACCCCGACGUGAUCAAAUGUCUAAGAACAAUUUAUCGCACCCGUAACCAAUCCGCGUGCCUCCGAUGAAGCCGCAGAAGGUAUCGUUUUGGUUCACGGUAUUUGAGAAACAGCUUGAGGCGGUGGGAAUCGAGCGAGAUUCCGACAAAGUCGCCACCCUGUUUGGGUGUCUCGAAUCAGAGUAUCUGGAGCGACUCGAGGAUGUUGAUUUGGACUCCACGGUCGACAGUCAGUACGACCGGCUAAAGGAAGAACUGAUACGGAGUCUAGCUGAAUCCGACAGCGAGCGGGUUAAAAGACUGGUAGAAAAAAAGGUGAUGGGCGACCGUAAGCCGUCCCAAUUCUACCACGACCUGAAGAAGCUGGCCAGUCCCUUAGCGUCGGAUCAGUUCAUCCUCACGUUAUGGAAGAAUCGUCUACCAGACCGCAUACGACGGGUGUUGGAGGUUAUGGACGACAUCAGCACGGAUAAAAUAAUCCAGGUCACGGAUAGAGUAGAGGAGGCCUGUUCAGGAAGCGAUCAGCGGGAGGCGAGAGUAGCAUCCGUGAGCAAACGCGAGGCACAGGACGACGUAGCGCCCAGUUUCAGGAAGGAAAUGCGUAAGGAAAGGCGUGAGGAAAUGAGCGAGGAACUGCGCCAGGAAUUGCGGCAGAUUAAUGCGAGGAUCAACGCGCUCAGUAUUAGCGUCCGUCGACGAAUGCGUUCGCGUUCGCAUUCCCCCGGGAGGCAUCGUCGGCGUUCUACCUCCCGAAACGGUCUAUGUUAUUAUCACGACUUGUACCGCGAGCAGGCGCGAAAGUGUAGAUCUCCGUGUCAAUGAAAGUCGGGAAAACUGGACCUCUAUCGCUACGAUGAACACGAAACGACGACGACGCGCCACCGUAGCGCGAGUAUCCAUCGCCACAUCGAAGUCUUCGCGCCACAUCUACUCGGAUUUGGCAAUAAACACUACUGAUGCUUUACCACACAAGGAAGAAACGUUAUUAACGUUAAGGGGGUACUGUGGCGACUCGACAUAAACAACCAACGGACGACGGUAGCGCAGUGGUUAGCGCAUUAGGUUACGAACGUUCGGAACGCGGGAUCGAAUUCCAGCGACCGAAGUCCGAUUUUUAUUCCACGAUUCUAAAUAGGAAGAAAAUAUAGCAGUACCCCCAGCAGCGACAUCUACAGCCACCAGCCACAAUCAUCACGGACACGACUUAUACACCUCAUUUCUAUCUUAAUGAAAAAAACCAUUAGUUUCCACAAUAAUCUAAAUUUUAUUUAUUAUUAAUUAAUCUCAUAUCCAUAAUAGAAAAAUAUGUAAUAUUCGUAUAUCGUCUAUGCAUUUGCUAACGAAAAUUAAAAAAUUUUCAAAAUGUUUUCUCUGUGAAACCAUUAAAUAUAUUUGAUGUACGCUAUAUACUCCGUUGAUAAAUAUUCGGGCACUUACGUAUUUUUGGAUUUUGCAUAAUCAUCUUACGAAUUUAAUUUCUUUUAUGAACCUACUAUGUUACCGUACAAUCUUUUACGUUUUACACAAAAAUUAAUUCUUCUGGAUCGGUCAUUCCUAGCAAUCCGUCAUCUACAUAUAGUAUCAGUAUGAGUUCCUUACCAUUCUUAUCUCGGAUGUACAAGCAAGACUCAACAUCGCUUGUUUGAAAUCUCAGUUUCACGAGCAAUUCUGCAAAGCGCUUGUUUUUGAGACCUAUACAAACUUUUACUGAGUAGGCUAACCCUAUUGGUACUGUUGCUAUAACGUUCUGGUUGUUCCAUGCAUAUGGUCUUGUCGAAUUUUGAAUAUAGGAAUACCAUUGACACAUUGAAUAUCAAAUAUAUCUGUUUACUAUGCUCAGAACAUAUUGUGCUCAUCUUUACAAUUGGGCUAAACGUUUGGCUGUAGUCUAUGUUUUGACACUAAUUGAAUCCUUUAAUGAUUAACCUUGCCUUGUAUUUGUUGAUCGUGUCAUCGGGCUUUCUUUUCACGCGAAUAGUUCAUUUGCACGGUACCGCAUCACAUUUCUUGAUAGAUCCAUUAACUUUCACAUCUGAUUUUUUUGUAGGGAGAACAUUUCGACAUUCACGGUUUCCCUCUAUUUAGCGCUUUCUUUGCUGUUCAUAGCAGCUUUAAACGUUUCUGGAUUCUAUCUAGACAAAUUAUAUCGCUAACAUAACAUGAUCGUCUAGAUAUCAUGGUUUCUUCAGUGUCGAGCAAUCUGUAAGGACUCUUCUUGUUAAUGAAUGCUGCUCAUCUUCUUUGGUUUCGUAUUCGUCGUCGCUGAUCGUCUCUUCCUUUAUUUUUGUUCGGUUUUAUGGUUUCGGAAUUGUUCAAGCAUAGCGUGAUCUCUCGUGUCUAACUCUUUUUCUCCACAGGGCGUUGUUGUCCUUAUUUAUAACCUUAUAAGUAGUAGAUGUUAUACAUUACACAAAACAGAUCAGUAUUUCGGGAAGUUUUCUAUUCCGAGAUAACCUACGCUAUCGUCGAGAUUGUCAUUUCGGACCACUUUGCCUUGUGCGCGAGGAUUUUCGCUGUUCAUGUUCAGGUUGUUGUUUACACUUGACGAUAUCGGUGUACUGGCUCGCGCAGGCUCAGGAGUUAUUAUUGGUACACUAACGCCAUUCAUCUUCAAACUGUGUUUGUACGGAACUGAGACGAGAUGUCAUCGAUUUCGUCGAACCUUGCCACCACUUUCUGUUCCAAUGAAGUAUGAAUUACUAUCAUCCUGAUCUAUAAUUUUGGUGUACAUUCACAUGUCUAUCAUCCAAAUCUUAUCGCUUCUUUUUAAUACAGAAAGUUUCUUCACGUGUAGGUUAUUGUACAUUUUCUCCUGUUUAUUUUUUCUCGCAUUUUAUUUAAAAGCAACUCUGUCGUAUUCUAUAAGGGGACCUAGGUUUUUUUUUUUUUUUUAAAUAAGGAUAUGAGACCGAAUCUUUCUUGAAUAUGUUAAUUCUGCGGGCGAAUAACCAUUUUUUAACGAAUAAUAAUACUGUUCUGUAGCUUAAGAGACCUAUAUUAACACUUAGCCAACUGAAUAGUGAGAUCUUUCCUCUGUAAAGUACAUUACAUUGCUGCGCGACUGAGCGGGAAGAUCUCCCUUUUUGACUUUUGCAACGCGUUUUUUUCUGUUUUUGUUAUUAUCAGUUAUUGUUUACCUGGAAUUGUUCCUAAUUAAUUGCGUCACUUUUUCUGCUUUUAUAAAGUACAGUAUAUAAUAAAAUACACCAAUCUAGUGGUGUUAAAAUUAAUUAAAAAGUUACACUAUCAGUUAUGACUCAAUAAAGUUAUAAUCGAAC